AUCAAGAAGGGAUUAUGGACUCUCCUCUAGAGAAGAAAGGGGGAUUAAAAACCACCAGAAGGCUGAAUUCAGGGGUUUUGGAGUGAAGAGGCUGCAAAUUGAUGCUGAAACCUGCUGAAGUCAACCACAGCUGGAAAGAGACGUCUGUUUCCAACAGCUCUCCCUCCCUCCAUCCCACCAUUCAUCCAUCAUGUCAGAGCCGUCUCCAGGCUGGUGGAAGCUGACUUUCCUGAGGAGAAAAAAAUCCCAGCCCAAGGUUCUGUAUGAAAUCCCUGCAGAGUUUGUUUCCAACGCCUCCACCGGUCAGCAUGGGUCCGGCCCGGCCACGGGAGCUGCCGCCCACCCAGAGGACAUGGUGCACGACUCUCAGCUGGACGCCCGACUGGAGAGGAUCAUGGAUAAAACAGCCAGCAAAGGGCGCCAGGUCAAAGUUUCUCACUCUGGAAGGUUUAAGGAGAAGAAGAAAGUGCGAGCCACUCUGGCGGAGAACCCAGAGAUGUUUCCAGGAGAGGACGCUGCCAGAGAUGACAACCAGAUGGCUGGGAAGUGA